CAUUGCACCUUGCAUAUUACAACCAUCGUCAAUGAUUCUUGUAGGAAUUUGGGCAAGGCUGUCUGAGGUCAUUGUCAAGGGUGCUCAAUAUAACUCUCAUGAGCAUCUACCCAACCCAAAAUGUUUGCAAGGGACUCAUGGAUCUCCUCAAAUACAAUCAUGGAUUCCUGGAUGACACACAGAAUAAUCAACUCAUUUGGUUGCAUGGCAUGGCUGGUGUUGGAAAUUCUGCUGUUGGGUUUGCGAUAGCUGACAAAAUGAGAGUUCUAAGAGUGAUAGAAGAGACAGACAUCAAAAAGCGGCUAGCAGGGAUGUUCUUUUUCUUGUGCAAGCACACCAAAUGUUGCAUGGCUGGAUAUUUCUUUGUGACGCUUGUCUACCAGUUUAUCACCAAUUUUCCAAGCAUCCGGAAGGAUGUGUGCAGAAUUAUUUGUGACAAUCCUGCUCUACUAGAUCCAGAUACACCUCUCUGCAACCAGAUGGAAGCUUUCUUUCUUCGACCUCUCUGGAAACUC